CUGUAACAGUAUAUUUGUGCACAGCAUGUACUGUUUUGGUGUGUGUUAUUAUUUGUUGUUUAGGCUGUAACACUUGUUUAAUGCAGAUUGCCUGAGUAAGGUCCUCCAGGGUAGUAGCCUACAGGAGGAAGAGGGUUCAUGAAUGUAUAGGCAGACAGCCGUAUGGUGUACUGUAAGGUCUGCUCAAUGGACCGUGGCCCACAGUUGUCGCAGCUGAUCAGCGGUGAGCAGCUGAUCUGUCCUCUGGACAAACUGGACAGACGGACAGUCGUCGCUCUGCCGCACUUUCCCCGCUGUGCUGGAGCAGAGACAGGCUCCUUCCUUAGACUAAACAGCAAAGCGGACAGAAAACACAUCGCUAUUCUUAUUUUACAUGAUCGUUUAGGGUUUUUGGACGCCAUGGUGAAACAGCGACGCAUCAGAGCGCAUUCCUGUUGCGCAGCUGUUGCGCCGCUUUGUUGCAGAAGAGGAGCACUGAAGACUUUGACAGAGCCUGCCAUAUUUGCCAGGGAGACCAGUUGUGAUUGUCGCGCCCCUCAUGAGAAACUCACCAUCGCUCAGGCCCGCAGAGGCACCCCAGUGGAUCGGCCGGUCAGAGUCUACGCAGAUGGGAUUUUUGACCUGUUUCACUCCGGACAUGCUCGCGCUCUCAUGCAGGCCAAGAACCUUUUUCCCAACACCUACCUCAUAGUAGGAGUGUGCAGUGAUGAGCUGACCCAUAAGUACAAGGGUUUCACAGUCAUGACGGAGAUUGAACGUUAUGAAGCACUGAGACACUGCCGCUAUGUCGACGAGAUUUUGAGAGACGCACCCUGGACUCUUACGCCCGAGUUCCUAGAGAAACACAAGAUCGAUUUUGUGGCUCAUGAUGAUAUCCCAUACUCCUCAGCAGGAAGUGAGGACGUUUAUAAACACAUCAAGGAGGCAGGGAUGUUUGUGCCUACACAACGGACAGAGGGGAUCUCAACAUCUGACUUAAUCACCAGAAUUGUCAGAGACUAUGACGUCUACGCCCGACGCAACCUCCAACGUGGCUACACGGCCAAGGAGCUUAACGUCAGCUACAUCAACGAGAAGAAGUACCGGCUGCAGAACCAAGUGGACCGGAUGAAGGAGAAGGUUCGCACGGUUGAGGAGAAGAGCAAACACUUUGUUUACCGUGUGGAGGAGAAGAGUCACGACCUCAUUCAGAAGUGGGAAGAGAAAUCUCGGGAGUUUAUCGGCAACUUCUUAGAACUUUUUGGACCUGAUGGGACUUGGGUGUUUCAGGAGCGCAGUGGACGAAUGCUGUCCUACGCUCUGUCCCCGCGGGAGUCGCCCUGCAACAGUCCUCCCCGCGAACUGUCCCCCUUGCGAUCUCCGUCACCCCCGUCUCCCCCCGCCCGCUGGCACAAUGCACGGCCCUCGCCCCCAACCUCCCCGAAAGGAGCAUCUGCCUCUAUAAGCAGCAUGAGUGAAGGUGAUGAAGAUGAGAAGUAGAUGAACUGUUGAACACACACAUUGCACACACACACACACACACACACAAAUACACACACACACUCCACUCACAAUACACUGCCUGAGAACUGCUCACACACACACACGCACACACACACACACACACACACACACACGCACACACACACACACACACAAACAAACACUUAUAUUCCUACAAACACUGGCUGGAUACUGAAACAGUUCUCCUCAAGGAAGUUGCUAAUAUGCAAGGCAGACAGUGAUCAUGGGAAAUGAAGUUUUGUGCUGCAGAGCUAAGAAGCCAUCACUGUCUCUGUUGUCUGGGCAACCACGCAGACAGAAGAAGGACAAAGGAAGACGAUUUAUGUAAACAGUGUCACAUAUCGUAAGGCAGUCCAGAAUGCUUUGCAGCAUCUUUCAAGAGGAUUUGCUUUGGGUUGUCCAGUGUUGAUAGAGACUGUCCCAACAGCCUGCUCAUAAUAUCACUUCAUUGUUUUUUCUCCUGUUCUGUAUAGUUUAGCUUUUUCUUUUUUAAAGUUGCCAUGAUAUCUUGUAACUACUGUGACCACUAGAUGUGAAUAGGCACAAAGUUACAGAACAUUGUGUGUGUGACAUUCAGUGAAUCGACAGAAACUGGAUUCAUUCAUCACUGUGUAAUUUUGUGCUUGUUAGGAUGAGAGUUAGGAAUUAAAGGAAAUACACUGCACACCCUAGAUUAGUGAAGUGUUGGACAACCUCUUGGCACUCAAACACAUAGUUUGUGCAAGUUUGCACCACUUUAGCAUAAAUUAUUGACAAGGAAAAUAAAAUUCAGAGACCCCAAAUCCUUGAUUCACUUGUUCCCAUGCCACAGUAAUGACCACUUAACCAAAAAAACAGCUUAAAACUAAUCCCUAGGAAAAAAUUACUAAAAUUAGUGCAAACAAAGGUCCAGUGAAAAACAACUGAAUAUGGAAAACCAAAGUUUUUUAUCACCUCAGUUGUAUCACGUUGUUUAAAAUCGAACAAUAUCAUCCUAGUUUUAAAGUUCAUGUGAGAAAAAUUGUUUUGAAAUGAAAAUAGAAACAAGAUAUGUCAUAAAAUUAGCAGAAAACGAGCCCUUUACGAUCUAAAUCUUGGACUGUGCUUAAUCCGUAAAAUGCCUGUUAGAUGGUUCCAAAACCUCUGAUUGUGAUGAGACAAAACAAACAGCCUUCAAUUAUUAGCUUCUUGAAUGUAAACUGAGUCUUUGAGACCAAACCUACAGUAAAGAGUAAAUGUAAUCACUAUCAUUUCUAGUCACAUACAAAACACACAAAUCCUUCAUCACCAGUCUUUCAGUAGUCCACGUAAAUAUCACGUCUCACUGUAAUUAGUUGAAACAUUUGUGGAUUUUCAGCAUUAAAAAAGCCAUGUAUUUUUGACAGUUUUCCAUGUUUUAUCCAUCAACGUUUAGCAGACAUUCUUUCUCUUUGGAAUAUGAUGUCAGCUGUUAAUCAAACCCGGCAAACUUGGAGAUACAAGCCUCUCUCUAGGACUCUGAUGAUACUUGAAAUAUACAAUUGAAUCCCUCCAGGUGAACUGUCAGGUCCUUAAAAAGCUGGAACAUCACUCUAAUGUUUUACUUGCUAUUACUGGAAAUGUAUGUAAUACCUUUUUUUUUUUUUUUUUUUCUUUGCUCUGGUCUGCUCGCUCAUGCCAGGCCGGAGCAGACCUCUCUUCCACCCCAACAAUACAAUAAAUACCCUAAUGCAAUGUAGAGACCUUAAUGUCCUGUACGCACUACAUGUUAACCUGCACUAUAUGUACAAACUUUGGGAAUGUGUGUCUUUUUUUAUUUUUUAAAUUUUAAUGAUCAAACGGCUUGAUAUGUAAAUAAAUCAAAAAUCUAUAACUGAA